AAGGAACAGGCCAAUCCCUUCCCUUGCGCUCCUGGGGUGCCCACAGCAGUGGUGCCAGCCAAAAGCUGGGGGUGCCAUUGUGUGCAUCUUUGCAUCUCUUCUCAUCACACUUAUUAUUCCUUCUUCCCUGCCUCCUGCCAUCCUCUGUUCAGUAAGAGAGGAAGAGGGAAAGGAGCAAAGAAGAAGCAGAGGGUUUCUUUGGGCACUAGGUUGGCACCAGGGUGGCAAACAUUUUGCAAAGGGUCUUGUUCCACUCAAGCCAUGGAGAAACCAAGCCUCAAUUCCUCCCACAGCAAAGAGGAAAUCCAACCUCUCCAUUAUCUAAGCAGAGCCGAAGCCGUGGCCAUUGAGAAGGAGCUCAUCGAAGAGUUCAGAUUUGGGCACCAGCAGCUGAUUGAAAUCUGGGGGCAUGCUUGUGCCAUGGCAGUAACCAAGGUUUUUCCUCGGAAGUCUCUCCCCAAGAAGCAGCCGACGCUUCUGGUGGUCUGCGGUUGCGAACAGAAUGGGGCCAUUGGCUUGGCGUGCGCCCGGCAUCUGCGUGUAUUUGAAUAUGAGCCCACCAUCUUCUAUCCCAAGCGGUCGUCAAACCCCCUUUACCAAGACUUUACCACGCAGUGUGAGAAGAUGGACAUCCCUUUUCUUUCUUAUCUACCUGCAGAGGUCCAGCUCAUCAGCGAUGCCUACAACCUGGUGGUUGAUGCCAUCCUUGGGGUGGAAGCCAAUCCGGGCGAAGUCCUUGAACCCUAUUGCACUAUCUUGGCCACUCUCAAGCAAGUCCAGAUCCCUCUCAUCAGCCUGGAUGUUCCUUCUGGGUGGGAUGUGGAAACCGGCAGCAAUGAUGGGAUCAGCCCUGAUGUCCUUGUCUCCUUGGCGGCCCCCAAGCAGUGUGCCACCCGUUUCAUGGGCAAACACCACCUUGUAGCCGGCCGUUUCCUUCCCUACGAUGUCCAAAAGAAAUUCGAACUCAAUUUGCCCGAAUAUCCCGGCACAGAGUGUGUGGUUUCUCUUUAAAGAUCCGGACCAAAACCCGAGAAAGUCAUGGCUUCUUCUUUUCCGGGCCGCUCCAAGACCACCAACCCAAAUGCCAACGUCUCCAACCCCCAGUUUAUUGAUCUCGGGUGGCAAGACUGGCUGAAAACCCUUGGAUUAACAAAUACAUCCCUAUCUAGACAAUUUUUUUGGUGGGGUGGAAUGUACAUAUUGUGUAGCUUGAAAGCCAGGAUAGGUCUGUUUGAAUGUGUCGCAAUGCUUAAAAAUGUUGCAUUGCACCUCCUAGGUUUCUCCAGCCAACCUGGCAAAAAGCAAACAAAAUGCAGGUGCAAUUCAAAGAUAUAGCUGUGUUAGUCUGGAAAACCAGUGUGCAAAGGGAU